GAGGAGCCGAGCAGAGCCCUGGGCGCUCCGGCCAGGUGGAGCGCCGCCCGGCCGGAGAUGGCUUCCUAGGCAACGAACUGCGGGCAGAACCCCCUGCAGCCCCUCGCUCCCUGGGACCGCGUGUACCGCCGCCUCUGCAUCGCCCAUGGGGACCUGGAGACUUUAAAGGAGUUUGGGGUUCGGGAGAGGGGAAGUCACCGAUCCCCGUUCCUAGCCCUCGCCUCGUCGCGUCAUUGAUGGGCAACCAACUGGACCGCAUCACCCACCUCAACUACAGCGAGCUGCCCACAGGCGACCCGUCGGGGAUCGAGAAGGACGAGCUGCGGGUCGGGGUCGCCUACUUCUUCUCGGAUGAGGAGGAGGACCUGGACGAACGCGGGCAGCCCGACAAGUUCGGUGUGAAGGCCACCUCCGGCUGCAGCCCCUGCCCGGAGAGCCCAGACCACCACCACCAUCACCACCACCACCACUUGCUGCACCAGCUGGUGCUCAACGAGACUCAGUUCUCCGCCUUCCGGGGCCAGGAAUGCAUCUUCUCCAAAGUAAGCGGCGGCCCACAGGGCGCCGACCUAAGCGUCUACUCAGUGUCGGCGCUGCCCGAGCUCUGCGAGCCGGGCGACCUCCUGGAGCUGCUGUGGCUGCAGCCCGCGCCCGAGCCCGCGGCGCCCGCCCCUCACUGGGCGGUUUACGUGGGCGGCGGCCACAUCAUCCACCUGCACCAGGGCGAGAUCCGCCAGGACAGCUUGCACGAGGCGGGCGCGGCCAACGUGGGCCGCGUGGUGAAUAGCUGGUACCGCUACCGCCCGCUGGUGGCUGAGCUGGUGGUGCAGAACGCGUGCGGCCACCUGGGCCUCAAGCGCGAGGAGAUUUGCUGGACGAACUCGGAGAGCUUCGCCGCCUGGUGCCGCUUCGGCAAACGCGAGUUCAAGGCCGGGGGAGAACUGCCGGCAGGCACGCAGCCUCCGCAGCAGCAGUACUAUCUCAAGGUGCACCUGGGGAACGAUAAGGUGCACACUGCCCGCUUCCACAGCCUGGAAGACCUCAUCCGAGAGAAGCGCCGCAUAGACGCCAGCGGCCGUCUGCGGGUGCUGCAAGAGUUCGCCGACUUCGUGCGCGACAAGGAGUAGCGCCGGGGCCGCCCACCCGGCGCCGCUGGCCCCGCCCUACUCUGGCCCUGCCUGCCUUGCUCGCCCUGGGCCGCGAGUGUCCACCCCAGGCUGCAGCUUAGUCCCGGAAUCGAGGGACAGGAGAACCAGGCUGGAGCACGGGAGAGAGGGACCUGGGCUGGUGCCAACUGGUUUUGUAAGAGAAGAAGGGGGAGGGAGAGGAGAGCCCAGGCCACCACCACCAUCACCACCAAGCCAGUGGUCAGCGACCUUCACCCCCCAGGGAAACUCCCCCUUUGCUAUCUCGGAGCAGUUGCGUGCGCCCUAGAUGUGCGCACACAGGACGGGGCUGGGGCUGGCGAGCAUUCUCUCUGCGGGGCCCGCUUCCACACCGGUGUGGAAGUGUCCCCAGGUCGCAGGAUCUGUGAGAACCCCAGUCUCCUGUCCCUGGUGCCCAAGUGAAUAGCUCCACCGGGCCGCGCGCAAGGGCCCUGAGGCUACCUGGGACCCAAGGACAGGCUCAGCGCUUCCAGCCCCAGGUCUUCCGACGCUGUACUCCAGGUUCUGGGCUAAGCUGGAUAGAUUUUGCUUCCUGCUGUUUGCACCUAGGAAGCGUACGUCCCCCGCCCCCUCCACUCCCACCCUGUCGCCAGUGUGUCUCCCGGAGGCAGAGGUCCCAGUCUCGCGCAGAGAACGCGCAGCUGCCUGGCGUGAAGAAGGGCAACUACUCCGGGAAAGCGCCUGCUGCCCCCCGGUGUCUGGGAGCGGGACAAGAAGCAGGGCGCUGGUUGCUCCGAACCCUCCUUGAUUGCUCCUUCCUCUAGCUGCAUUUCAAAAAUAGUCAUAUUUUUAGCUGGGCUAGAAGAGAGGGAGGGGACAGCAGCGACAUUCCAGACACCAGCCGAGGGGGCUGCAGCACCACGGCCAGUCUGUUUAGUUUGGCUUGUCCUAACAUAGAAACCCUAGCACACCUGGCCGUGGAAAUUAAGUUUCUAACUUGAGAGCAGAGAUUUCCAGCUAUGUCAACAAAGCCUAUCGUGUUGAUGUUUUUAUUGACCAUUUUAUCAACAUGCUAAUAAAAUUUCAAAUUGAAAUUUUUAUUUUCAUGGCUUUACUCCAUGAUAGUUUAAAUACUGGGGGCCAUUAAGAGUGGAUGUAGCUAAGAGCUUAGCUGACAUUGCCUUUUUCACUCUGUUUUUCUCAAAUCUUAUGAGAAUUUUGCUUUUUGAAUAUUGCAUUUUUUUCUUUAAAUAGCAGUGCAAGUAAUGGUGGAAUUAUUAAUGUGUAUGUUGUACUGGAUUUCUGUCAGGUAAAGCAUUUAUUUGAUUUGGUGGAAAUUGCUGGCAGCUCUGGGUGGGUUUUUUCUUCAUGCGGUACAGCAUCACCAUUUCACAUUUGCAUCUCCAUGUUUCCCUCUUUCUGCUGAUGUCAAGAAGGGAUCCAGAAUUUCUGGCUUUAUCCACUCUUCCUUAGCCAGCCCCAAAAUGCUUUUCCUCACACAGGGAGAAACAUGUGGGAUCAGGACAAAUACUUCCUUUAAAACAAACAAACAAAAACUUAAAGUUGGGUAGAACCCCUUCCGUGGGUGACGGAUGAUGAACUUUUCUCCUUGUCCAACCAGCCUGACUGAUGCUGCGGAACUUCGUGUGUUAGACACCCGAUAGCAUCCGUGUCUCUUUGAGGGGAACUUGUCAGAUAACCGUGUUUAGCUAAUUGUUGCAAGCAAUUGCAUAUUGACAGCUAUGAUGAGCUGGACAGCAAGUGUUGUGGCCAAAGCCAAUUUAUUGGCAUUUCAAAACUAAUGCAAUAAAAACUGGUCAAAGUUAGCUAAGACUGGAAAUGCCUUUUCCAUGGUAAAUAGUUGAUUUCUCCUUUUCAUUUUCUUUUGGUUUUCAUUCUAGAUUCACUCCCUGAUCUUGAAUCAAAGGAUCAGAUCAAUGAAAUAUGAGCUAGAGUAUUUUUCUUAAGCCUAUUGAGCAAUUUAUUUUUUAAAAAAAUGUUUAAAUGCAUAUGUUUUUCUUUCAGCACAUAAAACAAACUUUUGUAAUAACUGAUUUACCUUUGCAUGUAUAGAGAACUGAAAAUCAUUUAUUUACCUAAUUUAUCCUUCUCUCCAAUAACAGAUGACAAAUCAUAAAAUGAAAUUCUUUACUGUAUCUACGCACUCUAUGUUCUUUACUGUGUCUCCUAAUGUAUCUCAGCUCCCUGCUGUAUUAAACACCUUCCUAAGCACCU